GUGAUUGAGUUUCACUUCGCACAUGGAUAUCUGGUCAGUACUUUCCUGUCGCCAAUCACUAACCAACGGACAGAUAAAUACGGCGGAAGUCUUGACAACAGAAUGCGUUUGGGUUUAGAAAUUGCUGAAAGUGUGAGAAAAACUUUGCCGCAGAAUAUAGUGAUCGGCGCCAGAGUUUCGGUCACCGAUUAUGUCGAGAAUGGAUGGGAUAUCAACCAAACCAUUGAAUUCGCCAAACAAUUGAAGAAACUUGGCCUCGAUUUUGUUGACUGCAGUUCAGGUGGUAUUGUCUCUAACGUUGAUUAUCAUCCGUUAAAUACAAAUGAAGUUCACAUAAAGUCUGCGGCGAAAGUACAGAAAGAGGUGGGAAUAGCGACCGCAGCCGUCGGCAAAAUAACUGAUCCACACUUCGCAGAGAAGAUAUUACAAGAGAAUGGGGCGACACUUAUAUUCAUUGGAAGGGCGUUCCUAAACAACCCUCACUGGCCUUAUAUGGCGGCCGACGCCUUGGCCAACGAGAAGACCUUUAAAUACCCGAAUCAAUACGACUGGUGUAUCGGUUGGAAGGGUUUCGCCAAAUGGAGGAAAGAUAUAUAUAAAGAUCAGAAUAACAAUUAA